AUGCCGCCAGGUUUCUCAGCCGCCGUAGCGCAGCUGGAAACAUUUGUCCUGCCUGAAAGACUGUCGGGGUCACUUUCUGACAGGGCCAUGGCCAAGGCCAUGGUGCGAGCCUGGAGACGGCACGGCAUUCUGCAAAUUGCCAUGUCGCCGUCACAGCAACAAAUAUAUGCCCAAGCCAAUGCCGCCAGUAGAGACUUUUUCAAGGCAACGCCGCUGCAGAAGCAAGCCUGCGUGAACGAAUGUAGUUAUGCAGGCUAUGUUGCCUCCGGAGAAGAAAUUACUGCGGGCGUUGCCGACUAUUCGGAGAUUUUCACCGUAACAAAAGACCUACACCCCGAGGACCCCAGAGUUUUGGAGAAGUGGCCAUGCCAUGGCCCUUGUCCCUGGUUAGACAACCGUAUGAAGAGCCCUAUGCUCAACUACAUGGCAGACAUGGGGUCCAGUGGCGACAAGGUCCUCCAGCUAAUCGAGCUGGGGCUUGAUGUGCCGCAGGGAUCCUUGACCAAGUACACCGACGACGGGUGGCACCACAUGCGAGUUCUCAGGUUCCCUGCGAGACACCGAACCAACGGGAAAGGCAAGGCUGGUCGUGGCAUUGGAUCUCAUACAGACUAUGGUUUGCUAGUAAUAGCAGCUCAAGACGAGGUCGGGGGUCUUUUUGUGCGACCUCCCCAGCAAGGCGAAUCGUUCGCCAACUGGAAGCAAAGUGUAGCUGGGAUGAAGGAAGAUGAGCCAGGUUGGUUGUAUGUGCCGCCGACUCCGGGCGUAUUCACUGCAUUCCCUGGGGACAUGAUGCAAUACAUGACCAACAGCUUUCUCCAGUCCACACCUCACAAGGUCGGUCUGAAUGUUCGAGAGCGCUUUGCGUUUGCCUAUUUCCACGAGCCGAACUUUCGGGCCAUGGUCAAACCACUGCCUGGAUUCAAUGGUUCCCAGGAGCCAGCUGAUGGUAUUCACUACGGAACACACUUCACAAAUAUGGCCCUGCGGAAUUACCCGACCCGCAUCACCACGACAAAGUUGUUAGAGGAAGGGCGUUGCGAAAUGCUAAGCAAGGAAAGACUUCGAGACGAAAUGGUAUGA